AUGGCAUUCUCAAAUGUUGUUCGCGAAUUGUUCUUUACAAUUGUGCAUUCACGAACCUUACAACUAAUAUAUAACGCUGACUUCAGACGUAUUCAGCCUCUAAUUGCAGGAGAUGGCGGCAAAUGGAUUUGUUCACCGUAUAAUCUUGCUGGCGAAGGCUGUGCGAUCUUGUCGUUGGGUAUAAAUAAUGAAAUAAGUUUCGAGACUGAAUUGCAAAGCAUCACGGAUAAUCGCUGCGAAUUAUACGCCGUUGAUAAAUCUGAGCAAGAGGCCGCAGUUGUGAAGAGACUGGAGUCGAUAAACGGAAAAUUCAUGAAAGGUACACUGGGAGCAGUGCUGAAUACGACAGCGAAUUUGAUUACACUCGAUCACGUCAUACAAAAAUAUGGAAUUAAAUCAAUUGAAAUAUUGAAAAUCGAUAUAGAAGAUGAUGGAUACCGCUUAGAUUCAUCCUAUUUCAGUUUACAGGAAAUUGCGAAGCGAGGUUAUUACCUGUUUGCGCACGAGGUCAAUAUGUACGAUUCAGAUGUAUGCGAAUACAGUUUCAUUCAUUCGUCAUGCUUAGACAAAUACAGUGCCCAUCUUCUUGCUAAUUACCUGUCCUGA